UAGAUUUAAUGUGAGGUUAGACAGGGAGAGAAAGCCUGCCUUGUGAAACGUGGGAGACUUAUGUGCAGUCAUGGUACUAACAUUUCAUAAGGGCUUGGCACGUUUGCUGAAUGCUUCUGGCUUGCUGCCUAGCUCUGCGUUUCCUGUUCAUGGUUCCCCCAGAUGUGUCACGGCAGGAUUAAAGCCCCAAGAGGGUUCUGACACAGGCGUCAUCAGGAGCCCACUUUCUCUGGGUCGUCUGACAAGAUGUGAGCUGUCACUCCUGUGCUGUCCCCCAGACCCGGCCCAGUGCUCUCUUAGAAGGAAAGAAACAAGUAACGCGGUCCAGGACUGACCGCAAAAAGGGAGUUUUGUUUUGAAUAGCCAGCAUCAGGUCAGCAGACUUCAUCCCGGGAAGAACCACUGCUGGGUGAUCUUCAGAGUUCCUUGUGCCCCGAACCAUGAACCACACCCGAGCACUGUGAUAAAGAACAUCAUUGAAGCUGAAUCUUUGCAUCUCCUCGUGAAUAUCGCCUUGGGAUAAGUCCCUAGAGGUAGAACCCAUUGCUUAAUUUAUCCUUGGAGUGCUCUAUGUAGACACGCCCCUUAAAGAUGCUCACUUCCUCCUGAGAAGCAGGACCACUCAUAUAGGAAGCAGCCUUCUUCAAGGAGAAUAUGAGAGUGCUACUUGGGCUCCUUUGUGUCAUCGCCCCUCUGCUGUCGCUGGAGACCGAUAACUGUAAAGAAUAUUCAGAUGAGAUCAUUUUAUUUUCAUAUGUAAAUGAAAUUGAUAUUCGUGAUUGUCCUCUAAUUCCGAAUGAAAAGCGCGGCACCAUAAUGUGGUAUAAAAAUGACAGCAAGACACCCGUAUCAGUAGAACAGAGCGCCAGGAUUCAUCAGCAGAAUGAACGGCUUUGGUUUGCUCCUGCCAAGAUGGAGGACUCGGGAUAUUACUAUUGUAUAGUGAGAAACUCAACUCACUGUCUCAAAACUAAAAUAACCAUGAAGGUUUUAGAGAAAGACCCUGGCUUGUGUUACAGCACGCAAGCCACCUUCAAACAGCGCCUCUACAUCGCAGGGGAUGGAAGUCUUGUGUGCCCUUAUUUGGAUUUUUUUAAAGAUGAAAACAACCAGUUACCCAAAGUUCAGUGGUAUAAGGAUUGUAAACCACUGCCUCUUGACAGCGAAAAUUUCGUCGGGGCCAAGAAUAAACUAAUGGUGAGGAACGUGGCUGAAGAGCAUGGGGGGAACUACAUUUGCCGCGUGUCCUACAUGUACCUGGGGAAGGAGUAUCCAGUCACCCGAGCGAUAGAGUUCAUCACGAUAGGCGAGAGUAAGAGCGACAGGCCUGUGAUCCUGAGCCCACGGAACGAGACGAUGGAAGUAGACCCAGAAUCCAGGAUACAGCUGAUCUGCAAUGUCACAGGCCAGGAAUCGGAUCUUGUCUACUGGAAGUGGAAUGGAUCAGCGAUUGAAGACGAUGAUCCUCUCCUAGUAGAAGACUACCAGCUCGUGCAACAUCCUUCAUCCAAAAGAAAGUAUACACUCAUUACAGUACUUAACAUUUCAGCGGUCCGGAGCCACUUUUAUAAGUAUCCAUUUACGUGUUUCGUCAGGAACACGAACAUUAUGGAGUCAGCAUAUGUCACAUUAAUAUAUCCAACCCCUGAUUUCAAGAAUUACAUCAUUGGGACCUUUGUCAUCUUAACAGCUAUAAUUAUAUCGUGUGUUUUCAUUUAUAAAAUCUUCAAAGUUGACAUUGUCCUUUGGUACAGGGAUUCUUUCUCCCAUUUUCUUCCCCCAAAAGCUUCAGAUGGAAAGAUCUAUGAUGCCUAUAUUCUCUAUCCCAAGACUGUCGGAGGGGGACCCUCCUCAAACUUAGACACUUUUGUGUUCAAGCUGUUGCCUGAGGUCUUGGAGGGUCAGUUUGGAUACAAGCUGUUCAUUUGUGGAAGAGACGACUAUGCUGGGGAAGAUAUUUUCGAGGUUACUAAUGAAAACGUAAAGAAAAGCAGGAGGCUGAUGAUCAUUUUAGUGAGAGACAUGGGCGGCUUCAGCUGGCUGGGCCACUCAUCUGAAGAGCAAAUCGCCAUUUAUAAUGCUCUCACCCGGGAAGGAAUUAAAGUUGUCCUGCUCGAGCUAGAGAGCAUCCAAGACUAUGAGAAAAUGCCAGAAUCUAUUCAGUUCAUUCAGCGGAAACACGGAGCCAUUCGCUGGUCAGGGGACUUUAAAGAGGGACCACAGUCCGCAAAGUCCAUGUUCUGGAAAAGCGUCCGAUACCACAUGCCAGCCCAACGGCAAUCACCGCUGUCCAGACAUCAUUUACUAACCCCGGAUCCUGCGCUGGACACUAACAGGAAACAGCAGGCAGAGACUCGCUUGCCUCUCGGCUAACGUGGCAGAAGUGGACCGAGAACACUGGGAUCCCUCCUGUCAUACGGUGCUGCAGCUAGGCUGUGCCUCCCAGGAACGUGUGCAGUCAUGAAACACACUUAUGUAGUCCCUUAUCCCCAGGUCACCUGGCAUCACACCGUUCAGGGAAUAGGACUUGGCGACAAUAGUGGGCUAGGUCAGUUGGGAGCGAGCACUGGGGAAACUCCGGAGCAAUGGCUGCUCAGGGAUGUUUCUCUGGGAUGCUUGCUAACUGUGGAGGCAGUGAACCGGGGGGGGGGGGGGGGGGGGGNGGGGGGGGGGGAGUCAGCUUCAGGAGAU